UGCCCCGGCGCCGCUGCCGCUGCAGCCGCCGCCUGCUUCGCCUAAUCGGCUGCGCUCGGGGCGUCGUCUCCUCCUCCCGGCGCCUAGGCUGGGGGCCGGGUCAUGUCCCGAAAGCAGGCGGUGAAGAGCCGGCCGGGCAGCGGCCGGAAGGCCGAGGCGGAGCGGAAGCGGGACGAGCGCGCGGCUCGGAGAGCCCUGGCCAAGGAGCGGCGGAAUCGGACGGAGCCCGGCGCCGGCGGCGAGGAGGAGUUUGUCAGCUUCGCCAACCAGCUGCAGGCCCUGGGGCUCAAGCUGCGCGAGGUGCCGGGCGACGGCAAUUGUCUAUUCCGAGCUCUUGGUGAUCAGUUGGAGGGACAUUCACGAAAUCAUCUCAAACACAGACAGGAGACUGUUGACUAUAUGAUAAGACAGCGGGAUGAUUUUGAACCCUUUGUGGAGGAUGAUAUUCCCUUUGAAAAACAUGUUGCUAGUUUGGCAAAACCUGGUACUUUUGCUGGAAAUGAUGCAAUUGUAGCCUUUGCAAGAAAUCAUCAAAUGAAUGUUGUUAUUCAUCAGCUAAAUGCCCCUUUGUGGCAGAUUCGUGGUACGGACAAAGCCAACGUCAGGGAGCUGCACAUUGCAUAUCGCUAUGGCGAGCACUAUGACAGCGUUCGGAGAAUCAAUGAUAAUUCAGAAGCACCUGCCCAUCUUCAGACAGACUUUCAGAUGCUUAAUAAAGAUGAAUCAAAUAAGAGAGAGAAGAUAAAGCCAAAGGAGGAUGACUUUGAAGAUGACUUGAAAGAUGAAGUGGAAGAUGCUGUUCAGAAAGUUUGUAAUGCAACUGGAUGUUCAGAUGUUAAUUUAAUAGUCCAGAACCUGGAGGCUGAGAAUUAUAAUAUUGAAUCUGCAAUACUUGCGAUGGUACAGAUGAACCAAGGGAAAAGAAACCCACAAUACUUUUCUUUGGAUGAAGCAGAGGAGAAACCGGAGAUCUAUGGCAAAACUCAGAAACAACGUGGCUCGAUAUGGGAGGAGGGUGGCAGUGGAAACAGAAUCUUUGGAAAUCAAGGCCUAAGUGAAAGUGGAAAUGAAAACAAUAAAACACAAACCAGUCCUGUUGGAGAAAACAAAACAAAUAAAACCCAGACUCUAAAGGUAACAAAUAAACAAAAGAGAGAGCAGCAGCGUUUGGAGAAGAAGAAGCGCCAGGAAGAACGACACCGUCAGAAAGCUCAGGAGAACAGGAGUAAUAACACUGAUAAUAAUCGCAGCGAGACAGAUGCUAGUGCACAGGUCACCUUGCUGACAGAGGAGAGUGGGCCCCAUCAGAAAGAACAAGAAGAAUGACCUGAACGUGAAAUUCAGCAGAAUUUUUAAUCAGAGGUAUGAUCUCUGGGUGAGGAAGUUGUGACAAAAAGAAAACUCUUAACUGCUAGUUGAGGACCAUCUAGAGUUCCAUAAGCACAGAAAACAUUUCCAUAGCUCUCUUGGCAUCAAGGGUUUGCACUGUGUGACCUCUCCUGUGGAGCAGCUAGACCUGGGCUCAGGAGAAGCCGGAAUGUAGGUAAUUUCUAAUCCUCUGCUAAUGCUACUCUAGGGAAGCCUUUGCCUGUGAAAGUACAAUUGAAGAGGGGAAACCUUUCCUGGAGUUUAUUGUGAAUGAGUUAAAUGGGCUGUGUUGCUGUCUUGGGCAUUCAGCAAGCCCCCAUUGUAAAUAUACCCUGACAUCCCCUUUCAGCUAAAAUGGCAGAUCUUGAUUCCCUUGCUGUAGUUUUUCUAGUUUAGGAGAACAUUCCUAGCCUUUGCCUGGCUUUUAUUGAAUCAGCAGUCGUGAUCUCAGUUCACAUUCCUGAAAUGAUAAAUUCUAAUGAAACUUGAUCAUUUUCAAAUUAGGAAGUAAAGAAAUACAAGUGUGGGUUCUGGGGCACAAGAAACCUCAGAAAGGCAUGCUUGCCAAUUAGAUUCUUUAGAGUACAAUUCAUUGCAUAUAUAUUCUUAGGUCUUCUUCAUUUUUUGGAGUAGAAAUACAGGUGUGCACAUUUUGGCCUCAGGACAUUAUUCAUUUCAAUGCUUUUAACUACAGAAACUAUACAGUUUGCCUAGAUAUUGGUGGUCUUAGUUAUUUCCUAGUAUUAUUGAUCUCAUAAUAGGCAUCAUUUAAAAUCAGAGAGCUUUAUAUAGCUAUGCUGACAUCAAUGGUAUCAUUGAUUAGUAGACAUCACUUUUUAUAGAGAGAUGCCUUUUGACAAAAUUAAAAAUUUUUUGAAUUGACUAUUCUAAAAUUUUUGUCCCUAAGUUGUGAUAAUAAUAACUCACAUUUACAUAAUGUUUUAACGGAAUACUUUUCCCACAAUAAAUCUCGUGAAAUUGGUUUUGCAAGUGUUAUCCCCAUUUUACAAAGGAGGAACCUGAGGCUUAGAAAAGUGAAGUGGCUUGCUCAUAGUCACAUAGCUAAUAAUUAUCAGAGAUAGGAUUUGAACCCAGGUCUGUUGACUCCCAAACCAGCACUUUUUCUACAACACCAUGUUGCCUAAAGCUGAAAAUGAUCAGAAUCCCUUUAAAAUCAUAUGUUUAGAUGAAAGAUGGAGAUUUUCUGAGAAGAUGAUAAUAAUGAAAAUAAGUCACAAAGUGCAAAUACUGUUCUCUAUCUCAAAAUGUAUAUCUUGAGAAUAGAAUCAUUUGAGAGAUAUAUGCCUUGUCUGUUUCCUGAAUGUUUCUGUUUAGAUAUUUAGUAACAUUACCAAUUUUUGAAAUUUACCUCCACAAGCAUAGAUUUCUAUACAGUAAAUUCCUUUUAAGCCAGAUUACAUCAGUGAUGCAGAACCUCUCUUCCUUCUCUUCCUUCCUCCCCCGCCAGCUUUUCCCUUCUCCUAUACUCCUGUUACCUGAAUCUUUUUCAGGGUUGUAGGAGUGGAAAGUUAUUUACCAUUUAAUGAUGAUUCUGUGGUUCAUAGGAAGUGGAUUGGCAUUAGCCAAUUCUUAUUAGGGAACAUCUGAAAAAUUACUUGUACGAUUUCCUUACAAUGAUUUGAACUUGGAUAUGGAGACCGAACUACUGUUUGUUACUCUUGCUGCUCCCUUUAUUAGAGCGCCUGGCAUGGAAGUAUUUGGGUAGAACCUUAUAUUGUUCUGUCCUUACUUCUCAUUUUUAUGUGGAUUAAAAGGCACCUGGUUUCCCUGGCUUUUAAUCUGGUACACUUUAGCAGCCAUAUAUUCACAUAAAAGAAAAAAGAGGUGAGUUAUCAUCUCAAGCCUGCCUGCCUGCCCUUGGGUCUGCAGCUAUUGGCGCUAUUGUACCAACAUGCCAUUUUAUGAAGGGUAUGAAUGUGUUAAUGUAUGAGGGGCCUUCUCUUUUCUUCAGAUUGCACUACACUUGUUCUAGCUUCAGUUUGGAGAUAUUUAAGACCUCCAUGGGGUCAUGAUCCAUAGACUUAGCAAGUCUUGUCUUAUCUAUGGAAAUUGGUGAUGAGAAAUGUGUCCUAAGUCUAAUGUCUGUAGUUUACACCCCAGGUGUUUUUUUUUUUUUUUUAAUUCUGUCGAUCUAAGCCUUUUUUAUUUUUGAUUUACCAAAGUACUGUACUUGGCUAUUUGCAGUGUUUUCAAACCAAAUGUUUGUUUUGUGUUCUUAAUUUUAAAUUCUUGGUGCAAUAGAAGCUGCAAAGAUGUGCCACUUUAUCUAUGAAAAUGGAGUUUUGUAUUCUGAUGAAAUCUAGAUUAAAAACCAACUUUAAAGUUGUUUUA